UUCGCUGUGGCGACCCCUGAUGGGAUAAGCCAAAAGAGUGACGACUAUAACAACAACAGGCAAUGGGUUCAUCAGAGAUGAGACAGGAUGGUCAAAAUACAGGCAAAGGUCGGGGCAGGCAGGGUCAGGAGACACAAGAUCAGGUCCAAAUAUAACGCUUGGGUAGGAAGGCAGAAUAGCACAAGCAAUACGUGACAUUGAGCUCAGCUCGGUGCAGUGCUUAACCCUUGUACCAACAUUGGGAGUGGGGUCAUCUGGACCCCACAAGACAGCACAAGGUUUAAGUGUUUUCAGUACUCUGUAGACUGCUCCCACCGGUGACCAGAGGGGGCCAUUGGGUUCAUUCAGUUCAUUCUCCCAGGAAACUGCCCACAAACUUGGAGUUGAACCACGCUGUGACUGACAGAAGCUGUAAACACCACCACCACCAGAUCCACAGCCAAAGGGUGUCGUCCAGGUGUGCGUCUGAGCUCCUGCAGCCUGAAGAAGAUGAAGCACCAAAUAGCAGACUUCCCCAGCGGGCCGCUGGAUAUUUACAGGAAGAAGGCCUCCUUCGACUGGAAGGAAAUGCUCCACUUCAUCGAUGGAGAUGAAAUUCUCCAGUUCAAGGAAUACAUCUUCAAGAGUCUGGAGAACGAUCCUCUGUUUGCCCGUCAUGCGGGAGAAGACCUCUCCGUAGAGAAAAUGAGAGAGUUGAAUUUCCUCAGGGUGAAGCAAAUUUUUCGCUACAAUUUCCUGACAGACGAAGAAGCGAUGGGGAACCCCUGGAAGAUGGCAUCCCUGCAGGACUGCCUCGGCAUGUACGACUGGUCCUGCCUCACCAAGUUCUCUCUCAACAAAGGAACGUUUGGAGUAACUAUUGCUAAUUCUGGAUCAAGCAGGCACAACAAUUUUGUUAAAAGCAGUGAAGACAUGACGAUCUUUGGCUGUUUCGCGCUGACUGAACUGAGCCAUGGCAGCAACACCAGAGCCAUGAGGACCACAGCCACAUACGACCCAUCCACCCUGGAGUUUGUGAUCAACUCUCCAGACUUCGAGGCAGCCAAAUUCUGGGUUGGGAACCUGGGGAAGAACGCUACCCACACAGUGCUGCAUGCCCAGCUCUACACACCGGACCAGGUCGGCCACGGCCUUCACUCCUUUGUUGUUCCGGUCAGAGACCCAAAGACCUUGCUGGCGUUGCCAGGGGUUACUGUUGGAGACAUAGGCAAGAAACUGGGCCAGAAUGGACUGGAUAAUGGGUUUGUAAUGUUCCACAACGUGAGAAUCCCGCGAGAAAACCUGCUGAACAAGACGGGAGAUGUUACCCCUGAUGGACGAUACGUGACUCCGUACAAGGACCCUAACAAGCGCUUUGGGGCCUCUCUGGGGGCCCUGUCUGGAGGUCGUGCGUACAUCGGCAGGAUGGGUGUCAUCAAUUUAAAGCUGGCUCUGACCGUGGCGAUCCGCUUCUCAGCCACCAGGAGACAGUUUGGACCCAAAGACGCGGAGGAGAUUCCAGUGCUGGAGUACCAGUUACAGCAAUGGCGUCUCAUGCCUUACCUGGCAGCCGCUUACGCUCUGGAGUUCUUCACCAAAUCUGUCUUCAUGAACUUUGUAGAGUUCCAGAUGGGACAGAUGAUGAAUGACAAGAGUGACAGACAGGAGGAGUUGGGUCGGGAGAUCCACGCCAUCACCAGCUCCUGUAAACCUCUGGGCUCCUGGACGGCUCAGAGGGGGAUCCAGGAGUGCAGGGAGGCCUGCGGAGGACACGGAUACCUCGCCAUGAACCGACUCGGCAGUCUGCGUGACGACAACGAUCCAACCUGCACAUAUGAGGGAGACAACAACGUGUUGCUGCAACAGACCAGCAACUACCUGCUCAGCUGUUUCCAGGCCAAACGGCACAACGCCGUUCACAUUCAGUCUCCUCUUCACUCUGUGGACUUUCUGGACGAUUAUCAGAACAUCCUGAAGACCCGAUUCACAGCAGAAACAAUGGAGGAGUGUCUGAACUUACAAGUGCCUCUGGAUGCCUAUAAGUGGCUGGUUUGUUUCCUGAUGGAGGAGAGUCAGAAGAAGCUGGAGCAGGAGAGAGCUGCAGGCAGAGACAACUUUGAGGCUCGAAACAACAGCCAGGUUUACUUCUGCAGGUCUCUGGCCAUCGCCUUCAUCGAGCACUGCUGUCUGCAGAACUGUCACCAGCUGAUCUCAGAUCAGGACACGCCGGCUGCUCUCAGAGCCGUUCUCAGCAAGCUCUUCUGCCUGUAUGGACUGUGGAGCCUCAGCAGCCACAUGGCCACACUGUACCAGGGUAUGUUGGAGAAGGAGGCGGUCUGCAUGGAGGCCGAGCUGAUGACACAAAGGUACACAAAGACGUCAGCCCACCGAGCGAUGACUGUAUGGCUGAUGCUGAACCUGAAUGUGUUUGUGGCUCAGCUGAAGGAUGAUGCCGUUGCUCUGGUGGACGUCUUGGCUCCGCCCGACUUCAUCCUCAACUCGCCUAUUGGCAAAGCAGACGGACAGCUCUACAAGAACCUGUGGGGGGCCGUGCUGCAGAACAAUCAGGUGCUGGAGCGCCCCUCCUGGUGGAAAGAGUUCUGCUGGGACAAACCGGUGGUGGGAUCUCUGCGCUCAAACCUGUAGAUCUUCAUCUUCCUCCUCAGUGCAGACGCCUUCACUGUGAACGAGAAAUGCAAAUUUCUCUCUGUUUGGUCAGAUCGCUUAACCCUUGUGCUGUCUUAGAUGACCCCCACCCUUGCAUUGACGUGUUCUCCCUACCAUGACAAAGGUGGAUAAAGGUGGAAAGAUUUCAUAUAAUCCAUGGACACCAGUGAAGAUCACAAAUCAUUGAAGAAAAAAGGUUCAGAGCACUGUCUAGUGGGUCUAGAUGACCCAACUCCCAAUGUUAAAGUGCCUAGGAUUGCACAAGGGUUGAGUCUGUAAUGAGGACUGCAAAAUUGCACAAGCACACAAAUAGAUUAAGCGUUUCAAACACCUUGACUGCAUUUAAAAAAAAAAUCAAAACAUGUCAAUUCGAGCCAUAUUUAAACACUAAAUAAAAACCUGUGUGACAAUCCUUCACAUCUGCUGACUAUCACUGGGUUUGUGGAUUGGAGUCCCAGGUGACACAAAAACUUAAGGCCACAGCUUUAAACAGCAACACUCUACAAGGAGGUGAAAACGUGGUCUACUCUUAGAUGACCCUACCCUUACAUGGACGUGUUCUCUCUACCAGGACAAAGGUGGAUAAAGGUGGAAAGAUUUCAUGUCAUCCAUGGACACCAGUGAAGAUCACAAAUCAUUGAAGAAAAAAGGUUCAGAGCACUGUCUAGUGGGUCUAGAUGACCCAACUCCCAAUGUUGAAGUGCCUAGGAUAGCAAAAGGGUUACCUAAAUGUUUGCUGUUUCCCUCAGUACCAGCUUAAGUUCUCCCUUCUGACAGAUGAUUCAGCCAGAGGUUUCAACAGACUCAGAACAUGCAGAGUCGUCUCUUCCACAGCAUUUCCAACUCACCUCCAGGCUCUGCAUCAAUCUGUCCGAGACAAGUUGUCAAUCGAAUCGACCAACACCAUUAUAAAAUAGUUUCAAAAUGACAUAAAUCCAUCUUCUUGGAAAAUACCAUUUAGAUUGAGAUGGUACGUUUGUUUUACUAUAAAGGUAAAAACGACCAAGUGCAUCACAGCGGACAACACACACGUGAUGGCAGCAAAACCUGAUUAGUCCAUCAUUCCAGUCCAGUGUGUGAAAACGCUUUGAAUUUGUGAAGACAUGACCAUACUUCAAGCAGCUAGCAUAGUUAGCAUGAUUAGCAUAUGCAGCUUUGACUAGCCUUGAUCAAAGGUGGGCGGUGAGGGCGGCGGUGCUGCAUAGAGGUGGGCAGCGGAGCGAGUUGAUCCUGCGGGCUGUACAACGCCGCUUGCGGCUUUAAUUCUAAUCAUUUCUUCGUGCCGUUAUGCAUUGAUUGUGGGGUCAUGGGUUAUAUAUCAAUGACAAGAACAAUUAGUUGCUAGUCGGCUGUUAGAAGUUAUAAAGUUUCCAUUUCUUCUAAGCUCUGCCAGAAGAAAAUAGCUGAAGCUUGAAGCUGAAGCAGCAUUUGCUCAGAGAAUCUGUCCUCCAGACCAACAAGUCCCACCACAGCCUUGAAGACGUUUCCAGAAGCAGCAGCAGACUGUGUUCCCAUGACGAUGCUGAAGUCAGCUGCUGCUCUGCAGGAGAAAGUCUGCAGCUCCUCAGUCAGGAAGCUCUUUCAAGCUCGUGCACAUCUGUCAGUGCAGCAGCAGGAAGCCUGUUUCCCUGCAGGAAGUCUGAGGCUGAAGUUGGGACUUUUCAAAGUAAGAGCCUCAUGUUGGCAGAGAUAGGUUUGAUUUAACAGUCAUGUCAGGAAAUGUACUGCUUAGAAUGCCUCUGUGCUGUGUGCACGUGUGUGGCUCUCACCUGGAGUCAAACCAGCCACAUUUUUGUCACUAUGACAACCGCUCCUCCACAGAAAGCUGCUGCUCCUCCUCUGCAGGCUGAGGAAGACGUCCUGCAGAUGAAUCUUCACACAUGACCACCUGCUCUCUGCUCCUGAUCCAUGUCUUCAUCUCAUUCCUGCUGUUCACAUCCAAACAGAUCUUCAGGCUGAAGCUUCAAAUCUGGAUCUUCAUGCUGAUGAAGAGUGAAGGAAGUCGGUUUGAUUCUUUGAUGCUCGAGUGUCUUUUGGAUUCAGGAUGAGUUCUUGUAGAUUUAGAAAAACCACCAUGAUGGUUUCCUUGAAGAAUUUCAAAAUAAAAGACUUAACACUA